CUUCAUUUAUGAUGCUCAGCUCAGUUGGAAAGGACACCGGCUGUUAAGCUCACAGCGGCAACUCUGCAAAUCUCAAGCUUUUUGCCCCCCCAAAAUAUUUCUAAAGAAAAGUAAACAAGCUUUCAGCAGUCUCAUCAGACGCGGGACAACUGUGAAAAGCCUCUAUCCGACGCAUCUGGAUUUAAAUCAAAAAGCCUGGAGAGCCAUUGAAAGGCAUUUCAUCUCCGAACAGACUGAGAGCUGAACUCUUCUUCUGAACCUCUGAUUCUGCUCCUUUCUGGUUUGUGUGGCACCCAGUGCUCCCCAGACUGCCUUAAAAGCGGGCAUAGCGCCAUGAUCAUUUACAGCAAGUUUGACUCCGCAAUGAGCAGCUGCCCCUUGGACUCAAACAUACGACUGUCUUACCGUUACAAAACCUUCACCUCAAAGAUUGAAUACACAAUGAUCCUCAUCACUCUUGAGAAGCUCAAGCAGAGUGGUUUCUACUGGAGUACCAUCACCGGCAAGCAAGCCAACGCUCUGCUGGCGAAUGAACCUACCGGUACAUUCCUCAUCCGGGACAGCUCUGAUAAUGGACAUCUGUUUACCCUCAGCGUCAAGACAGUGUCAGGCACAAAGAACCUGCGUAUCCAGUUACACGGAACAUCUUUUUGCCUGCAGACAGACCCUAAAAACAUUAACUCUGUUCCUCACUUUGACUGUGUUCUGAAGCUAGUUCAAUACUACAUGCCUCAAAGCAAAGGGAAUGCUGUCUAUUACAUUUGCUCUGGGGGGGAGAAGAUCCCUCUGGAGCUCAUCAGACCUCUCUCUUCUUCUUUGUCCAGCUUGCAGCAUCUUUGCAGGAAAACAGUUAAUGGCAAUUUGGACAUUUCUUCUAAAAGGGACCAACUUCCUGUCACUCUUAAGGACUUCCUCCAGGAGUAUGACGCCUCUGUCUAGAGUUGUUGGACUAUUGCUCUUGAAGGGGCAAAGGCUUAAGUACAACAAAGCCGGACGGUGCCAGUAAAGCUGCAUGUGAGGACAAGCACUGUGUCAUGAGAGUAAGGAUGCAGCAGACGCAGUAUCGAGCUUGUGAAAAGGAGCAGAUUUGUACUCAGAGGCAGGCAGCACAGGCAGAAAUGUUGCCAUCAGUUUCUUAAAGUUUCUUUAAGAGACACUGGGUCAAAAAAAGCAGCAUUUCGGUCGGGUGUUAUGCAAAUCCCUGCGGUACUUUGGUGCCUCAUUGAUGACGUACAGCUUAGUAAAAACUGAAGUGAGAUCCACAGUCAGCUGUCUACAUGGUGAUGACAGAGUUCUUCUGCUGCUGAUAACACACGGCUGCCAAGCACAGAAGCCUUAGACGAGGAACCAUUGAUCAGAGCUAGACUGACUCUUGCGAUCAGACUGGCGUUCCCCCCCUGCAUGAUAAUCUCAGAAACAUUUUAGACACAUACUUCUCACAUAAUGGGAUUUCCAACCAAACGUUCCUUGGAACCUUGGCUUCAUACAUUGGAAAUGUUAGAGUACAAAUAAGUGGACACUGAGAGCUUCUUGGCCACAUUUGUUUAAUAGCCAGCAUUUAAUCUUAUAAACUGAAUGUUAUAAGAUAUUCUGAGAGCAGAAACACAAUAUGUUUUUUUCUUGUUUUACAUUGAAUUACAGGAGGGGUUUAUGCCAAAUUUGCCAGCCAACAUGACUGAAUAUUAAAGGGUGUUACAUGAGAAAGUAGUUUCCCUGCUGUGUUAUACCAAUAGAGUGAACCCUUGUGUAGCUUCAUUUGAGAACUAUAUCCUAAGACAGUGGUUUCCAAACUGGAGGGCCUGGCCCCUAGGGGGUCCAGAGUUAUGACUGUGUGGGCCCAACUAGACUAAAGGAAAAAUUUUCAUUCUGACCAGAUCAUUUUAAAGCCAAACAGUUUUAUUUGCUGCAGUUUUUUUAAAAAUAUGUUCCAAUGUUCUUAUUGGGGUGUAUGUGGUAGCGGUGGUAAAAUGGAGGUCCUGCAGAAAAAGUUUGGGCACCACUGUCCUAAGAGAAGUUGUAGUAUUCAUGGUACAUCCAAGAACAUCAGUGCCUGCAAGUGAAUGUAUUACACAUGGAGUCUGUCUUUUCUUAAUAAGGAGAGCAUUCAAAGGUGUCUCAUUCUCCUUAAAACCAUGUUUACAUUAUUAAAUGGUAACUCUGUUAUUGAGCUAUCUUUUAUAAAGAUGUAUUCUUGUCAGCCAAACCAAUGGCUGUAGCUUGAAGUGAUCUGAGAAGUUUGACAAAGCAAGCAGACUGAUACAUUGCACUUAUUUAUAUUUGUUUAAGCAUUUUGUUAAUUUAUAAUAAAAAAAAAUGAUAUUUUUCUA